CGCAGCCAAUGCGGCAAAAAUCAAAUACGAAAAGUGUGACUAACGAAUAUUCAAAUUUUCUAAGCGGUAGCAAAGUUUCACCAUCAUGAAAUUGCUACUCAUUUUUCUCAUAGUUAGUGGUGUUGUAGCAGCAAAGGCGCAACUAAACCUUGGCUUGGGUCUUGGGAUUGGGAUUGGACGUCUGGGCCCUCCGCCACCUGAGUUCUUCCAAAAUGUAGUAUUGAAUUCAGAAGCCCAAAAGCUGCUUGCAACACCUGAUUUACCAGCCGAUUUACAGCAACGUGUGCUGGACACCAUGAGCAGUUCUGAGCUGGGAUUCACUAGUUGCAGUACUGUGACCACACUUCCGUGGUUUCAAAUGCGCUGUGUUGCCUUACAACUGUCAAAAUCAAAGGCCGAGUUGAAAGCUAUUGAUGACGAAGCAAAGGCGCGCGCUCAGGCUGUAGCAAACACCGAAGAAUCAGCACAAACGGCAGCAAGUGCCUAA